AUGGGCUUAACAAAAGUAUUCAAAAAUGAGAGCAAAAACUCGGAGUAUAAAUUUUCUAGAAAAGAUAUAAAGUCAAGCCAACUAGGGAAAGGGAUUACCGGAUCAGUCGACUUGUAUCAAUCUAAAACAUUACCACAUUUCCAAUAUGCAGUGAAAACAUACCAUACCAAAGAUACUUGGGAAUCCAAAAAGGAUUAUAAAACUCGGGUGUUGUAUGAAUAUUUGAUACUUUCAAAACUAUCACACUGUAAUAUUAUUAAAAUUUACGACUAUGAUGUAUCGAUUUCCGGAUCAACCAUAAAAUUGUACUUGGAGUUGGGUACUGCCAAUUUAAAUCAAUUGAUAAUCAAGCAAACAAACAUUUUCAACAUAAGUGAAAUGUUGUGCAUUUGGAAACAAAUUACCAAUGCCGUCAAUUACUUGCAUGAAUUGGAUAUAUGUCACCGAGAUCUUAAAUUAGAGAAUGUGGUAUUUGAUGUAAAUUUUAAAUUGAUUAAGUUGAUUGAUUUCGCAACUGCUCAAAAACUCAACCAUAACGAAUUGUCUCGUGGGUUAGUAGGAUCAGCAAGUUACACAGCCCCAGAAACAUAUUCAUCAAUACAGUAUGAUGGGAAAUCAAGUGAUGUAUGGUCUUUGGGUAUAAUUUUAUGUUAUUUGAUUAACAAAAAGCAACCAUGGGAGCUGGCUAUGUGGAAUAAUUCGGAUUUUCAGUUGUUUGUUAAUCAAACAAAAUUUCUGCAAGAACCACAUUUUGUUGACUUCCCAGUUGAGUCAUUGUUGUUAACGAGUCAAAUCCUUGAGCAAGAUCCCUUGAGGCGAAUUAAAAUUAAUGACUUCUUUAAUGACAAAUGGUUUAGUCUUAUACAAUAUUGUGGUAGUGAUGGUGGGAUAGAAAACAUAACUUGUGGCAUUGAUCAUGGAAGGUCUUUCAGAGUCAAAACCUAG